AUCGCAAGUAUCACAAACGCCUCUUCAAAUCAUACGCCCUAAUCAUCCUUAGUUUCUCCCAACAGAACUCACAUAGACUCACACAUCAAGGCAAGGAUCCUUACUCCGAUAAAUGGCAAAGGAAAAGGAACAUAAGACCACAUGUGAUGAUUCUGCAAGUACAAGGGUUCAUUUCCCACCGUCUAUUACAUUUUGAUCUAUUGCUUUCCAUACAUGUAAGAAGUGAGUAAGUAGUACUGGGAAAAUUACUACCCAGACACUGCAUACAUCCAGGUAUUCCAAGGUUCAAAGUAUUUCUUUCGUUUUGCAUUUUGAUUAUCCAUCCGGUUAAGGGAGGUUACUUCAUCUCACAUCUAAGAUAUCCAUCUCCAUCUCCAUCUCCAUCACCUCACAUCAUACUUCAUUGUGACCCUUCAUAUCUAAAUCCCGACAGAAAGCGAUACUUCUCAAAAUUGAAUAUGUGCACAACUCACUCUACCACCUCAACACCAUCAUCAUCAAAGAUCAAAGCAAAAUGUCCCUCAACCCACUAAUCCCAUCCCUCCCACCAAUGUCACCCCUCCAAUCAAGUCUCCCAACCUCCCUCCUCUUAACCUGCGCUGCCACCGCCGUCUCCCUCCCCAUCCUCAUCCAAACCCUCCUCACCCACCUCUCAGCCUACAACACCGCACCCCAAGACCUAAACACCUACCUUUCCGUGCUCGAAUCCAGCGUUUUAGAAAACGCCUCUUACGAUCACGAUAUUAGUCGAAUAACCAAACUAGAAGAUAAGCUACGCUUAGCGGGCAUGGUACGAGAAAUCCAAAAAUGCGGCGAUGAAUUACGAGAGCUUUUGGAUAAGAUGGUUAGUAGGGAAGAUCACAAGAGGUUAAAAUUCGGUUCGAGGAUAUUAUGGGGAACGACGCGGCGGGAUUUGGAAGAACGAGUGCGGAAAUUGGAUUUAUUACGUAUGCGAUUUCUGGUCGUGUAUCUUGGGAUGGUGGCUGCGAAGACGGAAGUGGUACUUAAGGAGAAAGAAAGGGAAAGAGAAGAUGCGGAUAAAGUUUCUGGGAUGGUCGUCGGACCCCUUGCUUCUCCUAUUCGGAGUAGAACACUUCCGAGUAAUUUGAGUGAGAAUAUUAAACGCACGCCGCCGUUAAGAAGGAUUACGAGUGGUGCUAUAGGACAUAAUGAGGGUACGGGAAGUCCACAGAGGAGUGGUUGGUUGGGAGUUGUGAAUGAAUUGCAGAGUAGUCCUUUGAUGCAUAAGAGGAGAGCAUCAGUGGAACAAAGUUCUUCAAUUGGAAGUCUGAAGAGUGAGAAGUUUGCUCAUUUUCCUUAAGGGAAUUGACUUGGAUUCUUUGAGGAGGAUUGACUCAACCAUCUUUAAAGAAAAUCACUGAAUAUCCGGUUGGGAUCAAUCGCAAGAGAGGAAACCAGACGCUUUCGAGUAUCGUUUCACAUACAUGGAUACAUCACGAACAUAAAUCAUUACACCAUUUCCCUAGUGAGCGACAACACUACUUUGGGCAUAAAUUUAAGCAACUCUCCUAUAAUGAAUCUUUACGAAAUAAAUGGUAGACAUACAGCACUCUUUACGACUAUAUAAAAAUGAACGAAACAGAACGAAACGAAAUAAAAUGACGAAGCGACGAAAUCAGAAAUCGAGAAGAAAAUCAAAAAAAGAAAACAGAAAAUAGGAAAUGGAAUGGGAAAUGGAAUAGCGACGACUUUAUGAAUACAAUGGAUUCAUUCAUUACCGCCGAACUUGAUGCGCAUCUUAACGAAAUUUAUGAAUGGGAGAAUAGGAGAAGGAUCGAGGCUCGAGGGUCAAGGCUCGAGGAAGGAGACAGAGGUGAGAUGAGGUGGUGAUGGAAUGUAUGGAAUUUACGGAAUCUAGGUGAGGGAUUUGGAUUAUAUCGAGUGAUUAUUGCCAAUGGAUUGGAUGGGAUGGAUUGGAUGGGAUGGAUUGGAUGGGAUGGAUUGGAUGGGAUGGAUUGGGAUGGAACGAUACAGGAGCAGAGAUAUACCCCCUUU